UCCGGCCUCGGGUUGGCGCCGGGUGCGGGGCCGGCGUGUCCCCACGCACAUCCACGCGCGCGCUCCCUUCUUCCCGCUCGCUCCCUCCCUCCCAUGCAGACCCGCGCGCGGCGGGCAGGCAGGCAAAGAUGGCAAUGUCUGUGAUCCAAGCGUGCCGCAGUCUAGCUCUCUCAACAUGGCUGCUUUCCUUUUGUUUCGUGCAUCUGCUGUGCUUGGAUUUCACUGUGGCCGAGAAAGAGGAGUGGUACACGGCCUUCGUGAACAUCACCUACCCCGAGCCCGGCGGCGGCGAGCUGCGCAGCGAGAAGAGCGAGUGUGGCCGCUACGGAGAACACUCGCCCAAGCAGGAUGCCCGGGGGCAGGUGGUGAUGACCUCCUCGGCCGCCGACCGGCAAGCCUGCGACCCCAACGCCAGAUUCGCCGCGCCGGGGCCCGGCAAGAGCUGGAUCGCGCUCAUCCCCAAAGGCAACUGCACCUUCAAGGAUAAGAUCCGUCACGCCGCCUCCCAGAACGCCUCGGCCGUGGUCAUUUACAACGUGGGCUCCAGCAACGCCAACGAGACCAUCACCAUGCCCCAUGCAGGUGCAGAGGAUGUUGUAGCAAUAAUGAUCCCUGAGCCAAAGGGAAAAGAGAUAGUUAGCUUGCUAGAGCGGAAUGUUACUGUGAUGAUGUACAUCACCAUUGGAACCCGUAACCUGCAGAAGUAUGUCAGCCGUACAUCAGUGGUAUUUGUCUCCAUCUCCUUCAUUGUGCUGAUGAUCAUUUCCCUGGCGUGGCUGGUCUUCUACUAUAUUCAGAGAUUCCGAUAUGCAAAUGCCAGGGACAGAAACCAGCGCCGUCUUGGAGAUGCUGCAAAGAAAGCAAUCAGCAAGCUGCAGGUCAGAACAAUAAGAAAGGGUGAUAAGGAAACAGAAUCUGAUUUUGAUAACUGUGCAGUUUGUAUUGAAGGUUACAAACCAAAUGAUGUGGUCAGAAUCUUGCCUUGCCGGCAUCUCUUUCACAAAUCUUGUGUAGAUCCAUGGCUGCUAGACCAUCGUACCUGCCCUAUGUGUAAAAUGAACAUCUUGAAAGCACUAGGGAUUCCGCCAAAUGCAGAUUGCAUAGAUGAAAUACCUCCAGAUUUUGAAGCAUCUAUAGGAGGGCCACCAACCAAUCAAAUUACCGGAGCUAGCGAUAUAACUGUGAAUGAAAGCUCUGUAGUGCUAGAUCCUCCAGUCCGAACUGUUGGAGUAUUACAAGUCAUCCAGGAUGCAGAUCCUCUUCCACAGCCUGGGGAGAGCAACCUCACCACAAGCAGUGAGCAAGAGCCAGCAGUCAGUAGUGAUUCUGAUAUUUCAUUAAUUAUGGCAAUGGAGGUUGGACUCUCUGAUGUAGAGCUUUCCACUGACCAAGACUGUGAAGAGGUGAAAUCUUGAGAAGAGAACCAAAAGACAUGCAUACCCCUCCAUUAAACUGAAGCAGGGAGGGGGACAAACAAUCUGCUCUGUAAAGAUUUGAACCAGCUGUGCACCACACACAUACACACAUACUUGUACACACAUGUGCUCACCCUUCACACAUCCCCAGAAUGUUUUGUGAACUUCAAUGCACUCAUUAUGGGAUGGUCAUGAAAAGCAAUAGCAACAGACAUGUCUGCCUGGAUGCAGCUUCAUCAACUGUGUAUGUCCAUUUCAUUCACAUUGGAAGGAGAAAGCAAACCGUUUCCGUCCAAUGCACCAGAGCAGUCAUGCAUAUUUAACUAUGAAACUGAAAUGACAGUUUAUGUAUUUUCUACUUCAGUCCUUUUUUUAAAAAAAGAGAAAAAAAUAACAAAGCAGAACAUCCCAAUGUGAUUAUUUUCAUUAUGGAUGGAUUUUGUUUUUCUUCCUCUUAAUGAUCCCAUCAUUUUUGAGAGUUCAGCUCAGAAGUUUUGAGUGUGAACGGUCUGAAAGCCUAAAUUCUUCUGCAUGAAGUAAGCAUGGCUGUGGGAAGCAAUUUUUUUUUUCAGAGCCAAAUUCUUCCCAAAGCCUGAUUUCAAUAGGAUAUUAGUAUGGAGGCUGGAUUCAGGGAGGUUGAUAACUUGACACUAAGUAAUGUUGGCUCUCACAUAGAUUUUUGUGACUUUCAGGUAUGGUACCAAGUGAGACAGGUUAACAGUAGUAAUAAUGGGAUUAAAGGUCAGUGUUUUCUUUCAAGUCUUUUGUAUUUUCUACUGUUUCAGACCUCUCAUACCUUAAUGGCCUUCUCUCUCUUUCUUUGUAAAGUGGGUCUCAUUUCAAAUCAGGUACUUCUCUUACAUUUAUUUUGACCUGCAAAGUGAUAAUAAUGGCGAUUUGAGAGUCUGAGGGGCUGAUGUAAAAGGAAACAAAUGUUCAAAGUAGGAAGAAAAGGCUCUGAGGGGGAUUGUGCAUAAUAGGAAAGUUACAAAUGUGUAGAGAAUAUUUUCUCACAAACAUGCUUUGAAAAUUACUUCAUUUUACAAGAUGUUACACCCUCUCACAUGCCAUUCACAUGCCCAGCUUCACAGGUCCUGAAGUCCCUUCAGUUAGUAUGAAAGAAAAGAUUGCCCUCACCAUGCCUUGUCAUGCAUUUAUGCAGUUAUGUACUGAUAACAGUGGGUAAAAGACCAACAAUCCAGCUGAGGUAGAGGAUUUCUGGUUGUGAUGCCAGAAGACUGAAACUACAAGAAUGAAAAUACCUUAAUGUGUAUUCUUUAAGAAUGGGUUAAGUAUAGCCAUCCCCACAAUGAGCUCAUUCACAGAUGUCAUACACCAUGGAGGACAGGCUUAAAGACACUCUAACUUGUGUGUGAGAAAAUAUUCUCUAGUAGUGGCUUCCAGAUUUGUAGUACAGAACAUUUUCCGGAGUUGGCUUUAACAUUCAUGUGAACCAAGGAUAGCUCUGACUCUGCUGGUGAGAUGAAAUGAAGUUAGAGCCUUGUGAAAUAGAAUGGUGAAGUCAUAAUAUAAAACUGAAUCUUUCAGGUGUGAAUUUGCUGGCAGAUUUUUCUUCUUCUGAAUACUAAAAUAUUCAGCAAGGGUUUCACUAAACAUUAGAAUGGUAAUCAUUCUAAAUUAUGCUGCAGCUAUUUAUUUAUAGGCAACUUUACAUUUCAGUCAAAAACAAUCAUGUGUAAAGGAAGAAUUUUCAGUUUUCUGCAUUAAAAGGGCAGGCCAUUACACUACCAACAACAGUGAUGUGAAAUGCAGUAGGUUAGUACUAAGUACACUUAGCACAGCAGGUUGUGCUAAAACUUCAUUGGAAGCAAAACUCUCACUAUAUUAUAGCAGCAUUCUAGGCACCUGAGAACCUGAAGUUACCUUCCUAAACCCUGCAAUUAACUGCAUUCAGCUAUUCCUGCAUUUCUGUCUUUCAGUGGGGCUUGAAAUGAAGCAUUAUGUUGAAAGAUCAGGCUGCCCCCAUCUCCUUGCAGGGAGAAGAGAAUUUGGGCUUUCAGAAAAGGCUGUAAAUGUCUUCUUACUCUGAUGUAGUCCUACUGAAAUUGGUGGUAGCCAGAAUAAAUAUUAUGAAAACAA